AUGACCCAACCACAGCUGGUGAUAGGAGGGCCUGGGGAAAAGGCGGGAGAAUUGAAAGGCGCUAGGGGAGUAACAGUGGACAAGGACAACAGAAUCGUUGUAUGUGACAGGAACAAUUUCCGCGUGCAAAUUUUUGAUUCCCUUGGAGAGUUUUUGUUUGCUUUUGGAAACAAAGGAAGCAGUUGUGGUGAAUUCCCCGGUGGUCCCUUGGGUGUAGCGGUGAGCAACGACGGAAAGUUUUUCGUCUCUGAUUGGAGCGGUAGAACGGUGCAAAUGUUUGAUGCGAAGGGAAAGUUUGUGAAAAGAUUGAAACUUCCUGAAGACGAAGACGAAAAAUGCGCCAAGUUCUCAUACGUAGUCUUUGGUCAAAAAGAACAACAAGUUUAUAUUACUGAUUGCCAAAACAGGAAAAUUUAUGUGUUUGACAGUAACGGGGAGUACUUGUCACACUUUCAAGUUGGAUGUCCAGAUGAAGACGAUGGACUCCGCAGCAAACUCCGUGGGGUUGCAAUAAACAGAAAAGGAGAGAUUGUAACAUCCCUGGUGAACGAUGGCGCCCUCCAAGUACUGAGCACAGAUGGAAAACCUCUGAGACACAUUUCGCUUCCAUUCUCAAAAUCUGACAAAGUUUUUGCUCCCGGAGCCAUCACUGUUGAUUCUAAUGACAACAUGUUGAUGGCGGAUGGUAUGAGAAAUUGCCUUCUAGUGUUUUCGGGAGAAGAUGGGCACCUUAUAGCAGAAUGUGCAAGAGAGAGCCUUUGUAAACCGUAUGGAGUUGCCGUAGAUAGAGUGGGACGAGUAAUCAUGACUGAUUCUUCUAAUCAAAUUAAGAUAUUUUAG